CGGUGCCGCUCUCCUCACCGUGCCCGCCUUUCCUUGUCCUGCCCGCCUUCCACUCCCGGUGCCGCUCUCCUCACCGUGCCCGCCUUUCCCUUCAUUGCUGCCAUGCCGGGCCCACCCUGCGGGUCCCUGCUCGACUACAAGACUGCCAAGUUCUCGCUGACACGGAACCGGCGGGUGGGGCUGCUGCACCGGCUGCUGCAGCUGAGCGCGCUUGGCUACCUGCUGGGGUGGGUGCUGCUGCUGCGGAAGGGGUACCAGGAACGCGACGCGGCCCCCCGUGUCGCCGUGCUCACCAAGGUGAAGGGGGCGGUGGCCGCCGAGGCCGCGGGCCGGCGGCUCUGGGACGCAGCGGAUCUCACCUGGCCCCCGCAGGGAGAAAAUGUGCUUUUCCUGGUGACUAAUUUCAUUGCCACGAUCCGGCAAGCCCAAGGCACCUGCCCUGAGAGCCCCUCUGUCCUCGACGGGAUGUGCAAAGAAGAUGCAGAUUGUCCCAUGGGAAACCCUGUGGUUCAUGGCAAUGGCAUAAAAACUGGGAAAUGUUUGAUGUUCAACACCACUCAUUCCACCUGUGAGAUCUAUGGCUGGUGCCCUGUGGAGAAUGGCACCCUGCCCAGGAAACCACUUCUGGCUGAGGCAGAGAAUUUCACUCUUUUUAUAAAAAAUACUGUCCACUUCACCAAAUUUAACUUCUCCAAGUGCAACACUUUACAAACAACUGACUCCAGCUAUUUCAAGAGCUGCACAUAUGAUCCAGUCUUCAACCCCUCCUGCCCUGUGUUCCGUGUCCGUGACAUGGUGGAGGCAGCUGGAGAGAACUUUGGAGACCUCGCACUGCUGGGAGGAAGCAUCAGAGUUCUUAUUGAGUGGAACUGCGACCUGGACCAACCUGCUACCCAGUGCCAGCCACAGUAUUCCUUCAGCCUGCAGGACAGGAGGUACAAUUUCAGAACUGCCUCCUACUACUGGGGCUCGCAGCGGCAGCUGUACCGAAACCUGCUGAAACUCUAUGGGAUCCGCUUUGACCUCUCCGUGCAUGGCCAGGCUGGGAAGUUCAGCAUUGUUCCUACUGCCGUGAGCUUUGGCACCAGCAUCGCCUUCUUUGGUGUUGCUACAAUAGUCUGUGACCUGGUUCUGCUCUACCUGGAUGCAAAGGCGGACCUUUAUUGGAAGGGGAAGUUUGAGGAGAUCUGGUCUCACCUCAUGACCUUCAGCCUCCAACUCAACCCAUAAGGUGCAUCAGAGAAGCUGCCUCAAAUAGUGGGAGGUUCAACAUAACAGAGGUGGGGAACCAUGAAGAAGACAAUUCCCCUAAGGUCUCCAAGAUCUUAGGGGCAGGAAGACAUCAGUCUGUUGUGAAGGCAGUGUCCCAUAGGGAUAUCUGCAGAAUGCUGUCCCCUACACCUCCCAGGCCUUUUAUUGACCUCUAUACAGCUCUGACAAAACAGCUUUCCUCUUCAAACUCUGGGGCAAAAGAAGCCUUUUUGUAAAAGCCAAUGCUGAGGACAGGCUGUAGGAGUGGGAGCCACCAGUAGUUCCUUCAAAAACUAAGGAGGACCAGGAGGAGAAGGGUCCAAACCACAGGGUGGGCACAGCAGAAGGAAGCAGGAGGAAAUGGUCAGCUUGGGACUGUCCUCAGUCCAAAAGCAUUAGCACCAACUAGAAGAACCACCACCAAAAAAGAAAGAAAUACUCCAGUGGCCUUUCACAGAUAGGGAGCCAAGCAACAGGGGACAUACUGGCUGACCCCCACCAGCCAGUGCUUCCCAGCACCUCCGACUCUCAGCAUGGAAUGCCAUCCUGGUACCCACACGCCAUCUCCAGGAGACCCUCCUGGGUGGCAGAACAACACAGUGCUCAUCAGGGACCCCCAGUGCUGCCCACCAAGCCCAGGUCCCCUGGCAGCCCCUGUCCCUUGCAGCCACCAUGGCACAUAAAGCGUGGGUCCCUGGCAUGGGACAGGAAUUAUGCACCUUGCUCAGGGCAUUCCCUUUGAAUGGCCUCCUCAGAUGUUUAAUUAAAGCAACCUGAUGUUUCCUUUCUAAUUAGGUUGAAAUAAAGAGAUAAAAAGCUCUCAUAUGGAAAAGUUGCAGGAGGGGAACACUCUCAUAGCAGGUCUCCCCAGCACAGCUGGUGCCUUGUCACAAACCCACCUCUUUAGGCAAUUUUGACCAAGCUUCCAGCACACUCUGAGCUGUAUCCAGUGUGUAAAGGUCCCCAGGUGCCAGCUGGAGCCCCAUCCCUGCAGGAGGUGUUUACCCAAGGUGUACAGGUACCAGGGGGAGCAGGGUGAGCACUGGGGAUCUCUGGGGUGAUACAGUGAGCCCCAUACCUCUUCAAGCUCAAUGCACACAUCCAGGUGCCAGGCUCCAUUCUGGAGCAACGUGGGCAAGUGGGUCAACCUCAGGGAGGGAGAAGGCAUGGGGUACAUUUCAGAUGGGACAGAGGGGCAGUGAGAUGAUGUCUGCAGAGCCAAAGCUGGCUUGUGUCCUGAGCUCCCUCCUGAUCCCUGCCUGGAUGCUGCUGCCAAGUAGUUUGAUGGCUGAGCUGGGCAGCCCUUUUCUUCCCUGGUUUCCCUCUCCUUAUCCUUAAUAUCAGAAAGCACUUGGAGAAACCCCUCUGGUUCCAGCAUGAGGAUGUUCUGUAGCCACUGGUUUCAGACUGGGACGGACAAAGGCAAUAGAAGAAUAAACAGCAGCAAACAUUUUUGAGAUAAAUUCAUGGUGCACUGACUUUCCAGUCUAGACAGCCAGCAUGGCUCCAGAACAGCUGAGGCAACACAUCCCAGCUGCCAACACAUCUCAAGAAUGCAUUCCCAGGUAGGCUCCCAAGCUGGGGGAGAGCUGGGUUUCACCACAGAUGUAACAGUUCCUGAGUUCCUUCAAACCUUCACAGCUUGUGAUAGACAGAAGAGUUUUUUGAGCUUAAUUUGUCAAACCAGAAGCAGAAAUAGUGCUUCUCUAGACAGAGCACUCUGUCCCGUGCUGGUCACAAAUCAUUAUAUGGUGCUGAUAUGGGAAAGAAAUAUUUGAUAGGAAUUGCCAGUAUAAGCCAUUGUCUGCCCACAGAGAUUAUGAGGACAAGGGAUAGAGACACCAGGUCCAAAGACCAGUUUAACUUGUACAAUCAGAACAUCAUUUCUGCAGGGCCUUGUAUAAGUGUUCCAUAAGCUCAGUCUGCAGAGGUGAACAAAACUGACUGACAGAAGUUCUGGCACAACUAUUUUCCAGCCUAGCAGAGUAUUCUCAGGUGAAUGUCUGUGUAGGAACAUGGAUAAGAGAAACACUUACUUGGUAUAAAAUGCCACAAACUUCAGUUCAUCUAAAUCUCCCUGAAUGACAACAUCAUCGAAUCCUUCCCCAUGGCCUGAAAAGCAAAGAAGUGGAUUCAGCAGCAAUUCCUCCAGAUCCAGCUCUAAGACAAGGUGUUUCAUUCCAGCACUACAUGGAGAACAUCCUGCAGAGACCAGCAGCAGGAGAUGCGGGUACCAAAAAACACAGAAUCACAGGAGAGUUUUGGGCUAGAAAAGUCCUUAAAAAACCUCUUGUUCCCACCCUCUACCACAGGCAGGGACACCUUCCACUACCCCAGGUUGCUCCAAGCUCUGUCCAACCUGGUCUUAAACACUU